CCGUGUAGUCGUCACUCGUCAGUUCGCGAACAACGCUCGCCGCGCCCGCGCCUCUUGUGAUACCGCGACCGUGGUCCGUGACUAGUGUACACAACUACACAGUGCACACAGUGAAUACCUGGUGUCAGUGUAAAUAUUUCCUUACUUUUAGCGAGUGCAAAAUAUUAGGGCAUUAGAAGACAGUAAAGCCAGGUGAUAACAAGUGAGACGUGUAAGUGUGGGGUGAGAUGUUACCGGGAUGAACAGACAGCUGAGCAACGUCAGCAUAGGGUCCUACCAGGACUACCAGCCCUCCAGGAAAUAUGGGCCGCAGUAUGAGCCGGGCGGGUACGCGGCGGCGGUGCAGCAUCGUACCAACAUGACGCAGCGCGAGGACGCGCUCAAGUUCGAGCAGGGCCGGAUCCGCGCGCUGCAGGAGGAGCGCCUGCACAUACAGAAGAAGACCUUCACAAAAUGGGUCAACUCCUUCUUGCAGAAGGCGCGGAUGGAGGUGGAGGACCUGUUUCUGGACCUGGGCGACGGGCGACGCCUGCUGAAGCUGCUGGAGAUCAUCAGCGGCGAGCGCCUGCCGCGGCCCAACUCCGGCCGCAUGCGCGUGCACAAGAUAGAGAACGUCAACAAGUCCCUCAGCUUCCUCCACACCAAGGUGCGGCUGGAGUCGAUCGGCGCGGAGGACAUCGUGGACGGCAACCCGCGCCUCAUCCUCGGCCUCAUCUGGACCAUCAUCCUGCGCUUCCAGAUACAGGAGAUUGAGAUCGACGUGGACGAGGAGAAUGAGUCGUCGGAGAAGAAGUCGGCGAAGGACGCGCUGCUGCUGUGGUGCCAGCGCAAGACGAGCGGCUACAGCGGCGUGCACAUACACAACUUUACCGACUCCUGGCGCUCCGGCCUCGGGUUCAACGCGCUCAUACACGCACACAGGCCGGACCUGUUCCGCUGGUCGGAGGUGCCGACGGCGGACCACGUGGAGACGCUCAACCACGCCUUCGACGUCGCGCACAAUAACCUCGGUAUACCGCGCCUGCUCGACGCCGAGGACGUGGACACGACUCGGCCGGACGAGAAGUCGGUGAUGACGUACGUGGCGAGCUACUACCACACCUUCGCGCGCAUGAAGAACGAGCAGAAGAGCGGACGACGCAUCGCCAACAUAAUCGGUCAGCUGAUGGACUGCGACGGGCGCAAGGCGGAGUACUCGCGGCUGGUGAGCGCGCUGCUGGAGUGGAUCCGGCGCAAGAUCGCCGAGCUCGACGACCGCGACCUCCCCAACGCGCUCGACGCCAUCCAGCGCCUGCUGCUCGCCUUCAAGCAGUACCGCACCGUCGAGAAGCCGCCCAAGUACAAGGAGCGUUCGGAGAUCGAGGCGCUGUACUUCGACAUAAACACGAUGCAGAAGCAGCUGGUGGGCGAGGCGUGGGCGCCGCUCGACGGCCAGCUGCCGCAGGACCUGGAGCGCGCCUGGCAGCAGCUCGAGCAGGCGGAGCACGCGCGCGAGCUGGCCCUGCGCACCGAGCUGCUGCGCCAGCAGCGCCUGGAGCAGCUGGCGUACAAGUUCCACACCAAGUCCGUGCUGCGGCAGGGCUACCUCAAGGAGAUGAUCCAGGUGCUGUCCGACCCGCGCUACGGCUCCAACCUCGCGCAGGUCGACGCCACCGUCAAGAAGCACGAGGCCAUCUCCGCCGACAUUCUCGCGAGGACGGAGAGAUUCGAGGACCUGUCGGCGAUGGCGGCGGAGCUGGUGCGCGAGCGCUGGCACGGCGCGGAGGGCGCGGCGCGCACGGAGCAGGCGGUGCUGGCGCGCUGGCGCGAGCUGCUCGACCUGCUGGAGAGACACCGCACCGCGCUGCAGACGCUCGCACACCUCACCGCGCUGCUGCGCGACGCCGACGCCGCCGCCGCCGACCUCGCCGAUAUAAAGAGUCAGUUCGAGUCGGAGGAGGUGGGUCGUCACCUGACGGACGUGGAGCGGCUGCUGUCGGCGCACGCGCUGCAGGAGCUGCAGCUGGGCGCGCUCGACGACAGCGUGCGCCGGCUCGUGCGGCAGGGCGCCGCCGCCUCUGGCCCGCCCGCCCCCAUGCAGCAGCUGCGUACGCAGCUCGACAAGCUCAGCGAGGCGCUUGACAGUUUAAUGGCAGCGGCGAAGGAGCGCAAAGCCAGAUUGGAGGACGCGAGAAAUUUAUAUCAGUUCCUAGAGGACCACGAUGAGGAGGAAGGGUGGGUGACUGAGAAGCAGCGGAUCUGCCGCGCGGAGGUGGCGGCGAAGGACCUGCGCGGCGUGACGGCGCUGCGGCACAAACACACGGCGCUGCUGCACGAGCUGCGCGCCCGGGACCUCGUCGCCCAGAGACACCGCGCCAAGGGACAGAGCCUGAUCGACGCGAAGCACCCGAAGAGCGGCGAGAUCGAGCGGCGGCUGAACACGCUGAGCGCGCAAUGGGCGGUGCUGCGCGAGCUCGCCGACGCGCGCGACAAGGAGCUCGCCGACGCCGCCGAAGCACAUCAAUUUUACGGCGACGCGAACGAGGCGGAGUCGUGGAUGAAGGAGAAGCGCGCGCUCGUGGCGAGCUCAGACCUGGGGGCGGACGCGCCGGGCGCCGCCGCGCUGCUCGCCCGCCUGCGGAUAGUGCACGACGAGCUGCGAGCACAUCGCGCCGAGCUCGACACACUACACGCCUCCGCCGACCGCCUGCAGGCCGCCGGCAUUCACACGCUGAAGCUGCCGACGGAGGUGGAGGGGGGCGGGGAGGAGGAGUGGGCGAGCGAGUCGCGGCUCGUGCCCACCGAGGUGUGGGAGGAGCAGCCCGUUGAGCGCCUCGAACACCGCACCGUCACAGAGGAGCGCAGCGUGCCGCAGGUGAAGGCGUUGUACGCGUUCAGCGGGCAGGGCAUCUCGAUGGCGAAGGGCGAGGUGAUGUUCCUCAUCAACAAGACGAACCCCGACUGGUGGUCCGUGCGCAAGGCCGACCGCACCGACGGCUUCGUGCCUGCCAACUACGUGCGAGAAAUAGAACCCAGGGUUGUACCGGUGCAAGUGCGGCGGCCGGAGAAGGUGCGCACGGUGCAGCGCGUGAAGAAGACGGUGCUGGUGAAGCAGGUGGUGCAGGUGAAGCGAGCCGCCCCGCGCCGCGCCCGCGCCGCCGCGCCCGCCGUGCCCAGCGUGCCCGACAAGAUGGCCGCCAUCGACCGCGAGUAUGAGGAGCUUCUUCAGCUAUCGGAGGCGCGGCGCGCGCAGCUGGAGGACGCCAUCAAGCUGUUCAGCUUCUUCGCCGAGUGCGACGACUUCGAGAAGUGGAUGAAGGACAAGGAGAAGAUGCUGAAGACCGACGACCCCGACGACAGCGUCGUCACAGCCAAGAGAAAAUACGAGAAAUUCGUGACGGAUCUGUCGGCGGCGUCGAAGCGGCUGGAGCAGAUCUCGGAGGCGGCGGCGGCGCUGGCGGCGUCCGGCCACGCCCAGGGCGCGCGCGCCGCCGCCCGCCACGCCCAGCUCAAGCAGGCCUGGGAGCGCCUGCUGCGGCUCAAGCGCCAGCGCGAGCGCAGUCUCGAGGGCGCCUCUAGCGUGGAGCUGUUCAACCGCACGUGCGACGAGGCGCUGGACUGGAUGUCGGAGAAGGAGCAGCAGCUGGGCGCGGUGGGGGCAGGCGCGGCGGGCGACCUGCGCACCGUGCGCGCGCUGCAGCGCCGACACGCCCAGCUCGAGCGCGAGCUCCAGCCGCUGCGCGAGAAGGUCGACACCGUGGGCCUGCUCGCCGACUCGGUGAAGUCGCAGUACCCGAGCGAGAAGGCGAACGUGGAAGCGAGACAGCGCGAGCUGCAGCGCGUGUGGGAGCGGUGCGCCGCGCAGGCCGCAGAACGCCGCGCGCGCCUCGAGAGCGCCGUCGGACACCAGAUCUUCGGCAACAGCGCCGCGCUGCUGCACGACUGGCUGCUGAAAACCCGCGAGCAGCUGGCGGCGGAGGUGACGGCGAAGGACGUGGCGACGGCGGAGGCGCUGCUCAAGCAGCACCAGGAGCUCGAGGACGACAUCAAGGCGCACGACGAUGAGUUCAAGGAAGUGAUCGGUCUGGGCCGGCAGCUGCUGAGCAACAACCCCGCGCUCGCCGACGUCGCCGACAACAUCGAGCAGCUCGAGGCGGAUCAGGCCGCGGUUAAAAAAGAGUGGGCGGACAAGGAGGCGCACCUGCGGCAGUGCCUGCAGCUGCAGAGUCUAAACCGCGAGGCCGACCACAUCGACGCCGCCAGCGGCGCGCACGAGGCCGUGCUCGCACACGCCGACCAACCGUCGUCGGCGGACGAGGCGGCGGCGCUGCUGAAGCGUCACGAGGAGCUGGAGGCGCGGCUCGCGGCGCAGGACGAGCGCGUCGCCGCGUACGCCGCGCGCGCACACGCCGCCAUGCCCAACCACUACGCCCAACAACAUAUCGCGGCGCGUCGUGCGGCGGUGUUGGAGCGACGCGAGCGCGUGAAGGCGGCCGCCGCCGAGCGCCGCCGCGCGCUGCUCGCCAGCCUGGCUCAUCAACAGUUCAUGGCGGCCGCGGAGGAGCUGCAGGCGUGGAUACACGACAAGACCAAGACCGCCAGAGACCAGAGCUACAGGGAUCUUACAAAUUUGGAAAGAAAAUUACAAAAGCACGAAGCUUUCGAGAGAGAGCUGCAAGCCAAUGAGAAGCAACUAAGAAAUGUCGAAAGCAUGGGAGUGUCGCUGCAGAAGUCUGACAGUGCACGUGCGUCGGCGGUGGGCGCGCGGCUGGAGGAGCUGACCGCCGCGUGGGCCGCGCUCGUGGCCGCCUCGCGCGACAAGGGCGGCAAGCUGCGCCAGGCCUCGCAGCAGCGCCAACACCGCCGGUCGGUGGAGGACGCGAAGGCGCGGCUAGCGGAGCUGGAGCACGCGCUGGACAGUACGGAGGUGGGCGGUGACCUGCGCAGCUGCAAGCGCCUGCUGACGCGCCACACCGCGCUGGAGCAGGAGCUGACGCAGUGCAUCGCGCGCGCCGAGAACCUCGCCGCCGCCGGCGCCGAUCUCGUCUCCAGCGGACACUUCGACGGCCCCGCCAUCGAGCGCGAGUCCGCCGCGCUGCUGCAGGCCGCGAGAGACCUGCGCCCGCGCGCCGCCGCCCGCCGCGCCGCGCUCGAAAACAGUUUACAAUUGCAUAAGCUGAGCGCGGAGAUAGCGGGCGAGUUGGCGUGGGUCCGCGAGCGCGAGGCCGCGGCGGCGUCGACGGCGGAGGCGAGCGACCUGCUGGGCGCUCAGGCCGCGCAGAAGAAGCACGCCGCGCUGCGGGACGAGCUGCGCGCGCGCCGCCCGCACGUGGAGCGCGCGCUGCAGCAGGCGCGUGACCUGCCCGCGCAACCCAAGCACCACGUACAAAAGAUCCGGGAACUAUGUUCGGAGCUGGAGCGAGCAUACGAGGCGGUGAUAGUCGCCGCGGACGAGCGCGCCGGGCGGCUGGAGGCGUCGCUGCGCGCGCAGCAGUUCCUGCACGACGCGCUGGAGGUGGAGUCGUGGCUGGCGGACAAGGACGCCGCGCUCGCCGCCGCCGACGUCGGCCACGACCGCCACCGCGCCACGCAGCUGCUCACCAAGCACAAGGCGGUGCAGCUCGAGCUCGACACGUACGCGGCGAUCAUCGCAGAGAUGGGCCACACGGCGGCGGCGCUGGCGGCGAGCGGCGCGGGCGGCGCGGCGCUGACGCAGCGGCACGCGCAGCUCGCCGACAGCCUCGCCCGUCUGCAGCGCCGCGCCGCCGACCACCAGGCUGCGCUCGUCGAGAGCGUAUGCAGACACGAGUACAUGGCCGAGAGCGAGGAGCUGGAGAACUGGAUACACGAGCAGUACGCCGCCGCCUCCAGCGAGGACUACGGACAGGACUACGAACAUCUUCUUAUCCUGAAGUCUAAAUUUGAGGAGCUCCGUCAUCGCGUGGAGAGCGGCGCCGAAAGAUUUAAUCAGUGCGAGGAGCUGGCCAAAAAGUUGCUCGCAUCCGAGAGCCCCUAUAUUGCAGACAUCGAGAAACGCCAGGAAGCCUUAGGCGAGUCGUGGCAAAAACUAGUGGAGCAGAUCGGCGCACGCGGUGCGAAGCUGGCGGCGGCGGGCGAGCUGCACCGCUUCCACCGCGACGCCGCCGAGCUCGUGGCCCGCGCCGCCGACCGCCGCGCGCGCCUCGCCGCCCCGCCCCCGCCGCGCGACCUCCGCGCCGCCACCGCGCUCUUGCGGGACCACGACACGGCCGAGAACGACCUCGUCGCUAUCGACGCACAGAUACAGGUGUUGCAAGACGAGGGUGCUCGGCUGCAGAAGCUCUGCCCCGGUGGUAACGAGCAGCAGGUGGCGCUGCGCAUGCGCGCUCUCGCCGACGCGGGCGCCGACCUGCGCCGCGCCGCGCAGGAGCGCCGUCACCUCCUCAACCAACAUCUCCAGCUGCAUCAGCUGUUUUCGCAGAUCCGCGACCUCAUGUCGUGGUCGGCGGCGUUGCGCCAGGAGAUGGCCAACAGCGGCGCGGCGCGGUCGGCAGCGGCGGCGCAGGCGCAGCGCGCGCACCACGACGCGCUACGGGCGGAGAUCGACGCGCGCGACGACAGCUUCCGGCAGGUGCUGGCCACCGGGCAGCGGCUCAUCGCAGACGAGCACCCGAGCGCGGCCGAGAUCGAGGAGCGAUGCGGCGCGCUGGCGGCCGAGCGCGGCCGGCUGGCGGCUGCCUGGGCGGCACGGCAGGUGGCGCUCGACCAGCUCAUCGACUGGCACUGCUUCCUACGCGACGCCGCGCUUCUGCACGACCUUUGCGCUACUCAGGAGGCCGCGCUCAGUACCGAAAUAUCCCCCACCAGUAGCGUCGAGGAGGUGGACACGCAGUUGAAAAAACACGAAGCGUUCGAGAAGCUUCUCGCCACGCAGGACGAGAAGCUGACUACGCUGAACAGCCACGGCGACAAGCUGCUGCAGCAGAACCACGUCGAGAGUCAGCGCAUCGCCGACGAGCUGCUUCACAUUAAUGACCGGAGGAAAAAGUUGUACGAGACCGCAGCGCGGCGUCGGGACGCGCUAGUGCGGGCGCGCGCGAGGGCGCAGUUCUCCCGCGACGUGGCCGAGGCGCGCGGAUGGGUCGCCGACAAACUCGCACAACUCUCCGCAUAUCAUGGCGACGUGACGAACCUGGAGGACAAGAUGCGCAAACUGAAGAAGCACCAGGCGUUCACGGCGGAGCUGGCGGCGAACCGCGCGCGGCUAGCGGAGGCGCGCGACCUCGCCGACCAGCUGCAGCCCGACGACGACGUCACGCGUGACAUGCGCCAGCUGCACGACGACUGGGCGCGCCUCGAGCACGCCGCGGAGACCACCGGUCGCGGCUUAGAGGAGGCCCAGGACAUUCUGGAGUUCAAUCAGCACCUCGACAAGAUCGAGGCUUGGAUCAGGGACAAAGAGAUGAUGGUGCAAGCGAACGAGCUGGGUCGCGACUACGAGCACUGCGAGGCGCUGAUCCGCAAGCUGGACGACCUGGACAGCGACAUGAAGGUGGACGACAAGCACGUGCGCACCAUCGCCGCGCUCGCCGACAAGCUGCUGCAGCAGGGGCCCACCGCCGCCGCCGACGCCGUCGCCGCGCGCCGCGACUCCUGCCUCGCCAAGUGGGCGGCGCUCAGCGGCGCGCUGCAGCGGUACCGCGACCGCCUCGCCGCCGCCCUCCAGCUCCACUCCUUCAACAGGGACGUGGAGGAGACGGCCGAGCGCAUCGGCAAGAAGGCGGCGCUGUUCGGUCGCGACGAGCGCGGCAGCGAGCUGGCGGCGGCGCACGAGCUGCGGCGCCGCCACGCCGCGCGCGCGCAGGAGGCCUCCGCCAUCGCCGACAAGCUGCGCGCGCUCACCGCCGAUGGCCGACGUCUGGCUGACAGUCACCCGGAGCACGCGGAGGACAUCGUGGACAGGCUGCGGGCGCUGGACGAGGGCUGGGCGGAGCUGCAGCGGCUCGCCGAGCAGCGCACCAAGCUGCUGGACGAGGCCAUCGCCGAACACAAAUUCGAGGAGAGCUUGAAGGAAUUGGAGCUGUGGGUGUCGGAGACCGUGAAGCGUAUGGAGGGCGCCGAGCCCGAGAGCGUCGCCGACGCCGAGGCGCUCCUCGAGGCGCACCAGGAGAGAAAGGCGGAAAUCGACGGCAGGCAGAAGGCGAUCGCCGUGCUCAUGAAGGAGGCGGAGGAGGCGCGCGAUGCCGACAAGGUCCGCCGCGUCGAGAAGCUCGCCUCCACCCUCGACCAGGCCUGGCUGCAGCGCAAGACCUACCUCACACAGGCGCACUCGCUGCAGGUGUUCAAGGAGCAGGCGCGGCAGGUGGAGGACUGGCUCGCGGCCAAGGAGGCCUUCCUCAACAACGACGACCUCGGCGAGAACCUCGACGGCGUGGAGAGCCUACUGCGCAAGCACGGCGAGUUCGCGCGGCUGCUGGAGUCGCAGGGCGCGCGCGUGGACGAGCUGGCGCGAGCUGGCAACGCCGCGCUGCCCGAACACUACGACGCCGCCUACAUCCGCGACCGCCUCACCCGCGUGCAGCGCCGCGCCGCGCAGCUCACGGAGAGCUGCCGGCAGCGCGGUGCUAAGUUGGAGCAGGCGAAGCAGCUGCACCAGUUCCUGCGCGACCUGGAGCACGCGCGCGAGUGGAUCGAGCUCAAGAUGCACACCGCCACCGACACCAGCUACAGGGAGCUGUCGAACCUCCAGAGCAAGAUUCAGCAGCACUCGGCGUUCGAGUCUGAGCUGGCGGCCAACAAGCGCCGCAUCGACGACGUCGCCAACGGCGGCGAGGAGCUCAUCGAGGCGAACCACUACGCGGCGCAGGAGAUCGCGCAGCACGUAGAACACCUCGAGCGCCUGUGGCGCGAGCUCAUGCGAGCGGCGUCGGUGCGGCGCGCGCGGCUGCAGGAGGCGUACCAGGCGCGCGUGUACCUGCGCGGCCUGGAGGACUUCACCGCCUGGCUGGACGACGUCGAGGCGCAGCUGCUCAGCGAGGACCACGGAAAAGAUCUGUCGUCAGUGUCGGCGCUGCUGCGGCGGCACGGCCGGCUGGAGGCGGCCAUGAGCGGGAAGGCAGACGUGGCGACGCAGCUGGCCGACACGGCGAAGCAGCUCGCCGACAGCAAACACUUCAUGGCGGAGGAGAUCCUGGAGCGAGCCGAGCGCGCCGUGCAGAGGUACCGGCAACUGCAGGAGCCGAUGCAGAUCCGCCGCGACAACCUGGAGGACGCCGCCCAACUCUACCGCUGGGAGAGAGACGCCGAUGAGGAAUUCGCUUGGUUACGCGAGCGCGAGGCGGCGUGUCGCGCCGACGACGUGGGCUCGUCGCUGCCCGAGGCGCAGGCGCUGCUGAAGAAACACAUGGCGCUGGAGGCCGAGAUCAGCGCUCGUGAACCCACCGUGGAGGGCGUGUGCUCCCGCGCGACGACGCUCAGUCGGCGCGGGCACUUCGCGGGCGCGGAGCUGGAGGGGCGCGCGCGCGAACUGCGGGCGGCGCUGCGGACGGGCGUGGAGGCGGCCGCGCGUCGCGUCGCCGCGCUGCGCGACCGCGUCGAGCUGCUGCAGCUGUUGGCGGAGGCGCGCGAGGCGGAGGCGUGGCUGCUAGAGCGCCGCGCCGCCAUCGCGGGCGCCGACUCCGGCCGCGACGAGGAGUCCGCGCUGGCGCUGCAGCGUCGCCUCGAGGCGCAGCAGCGCGAGCUCGCCGCCUUCCUCCCCACGCUCACCAAGCUGGAGAAGGCCGCGGCGGCCGUGCAGGACCGAGUGGCCGACGGGGACCAGAUAAAGAACAAAAUCGAGGAGCUGAAGACUCGCUACGACGAGAUCAAGCUUUUGACGGCCAAGAAGCAACAGCGGCUCCAGCAGAGCCUCAAAUAUUUCAAGUUCGUGGAGGAGUGCGAGGAGGUGACGGAGUGGGUCGGCGAGCAGAUGGCGGUGGCAGCGAGCGAGGACUACGGGCAGGACGUCGAGCACGUGGAGGGGCUGCAGCAGGCCUUCGACAGCUUCAUGGCGCAGCUGCACGCCAACGAGGGCCGGAUCGAGGCGGUGUGCGAGGCCGGCGCCGCGCUGCUGGAGGAGAACACGCCGGAGGCCGACCGCGUCAAGCAGAAGAUCGAGGACGUGCGCGGCCUCUGGGACGACCUCAAGGAGUUGGCCGUCGCGAGACAAGAGGCGCUGGCUGGCGCGCGGCAGGUGCACGAGUUCGACCGGUCGGCGGAGGAGACGCUGGCGUGGGUGGCGGAGAAGGACGGCGCGCUGGCGCUGGUGCGGCAGACGCACCGCCUGGCGCCGCUCGCCGCCGACGUGCGCGCCAUCCGCGAGCGCCACGCCGCCCUCGCCGCCGACGCCGAGCGCCUCGGCGACGCCUUCCCCGACGCCCGCGCGCACGUCUCCGCCAAGCUCGACGACGUCACCGACGCGCUCGAGGCGCUCGACGCCCGCGCCGCCGCCGUGCAGCAGCAGCUGGAGCUCGCGCAGCAGCUCGAUGCCUACUUCGACACCUACCAGCAGCUCAUGGCGUGGACGAACGAGACGUUGGCGCGCGUGACGGCGCCGUCUCUGGGCGCGGACGUGGCGGCGGCGGAGCGACUGGCGGCGCGACACGCCGACCUCGCCGCCGAGAUGGACGCCAAGGACGAGGCCUUCGACACUUUCUACGCGGACGGCGAGAAGCUGGUGCGCGAGGGUCACUUCAUGUCGGCGGAGGUGGAGGGGCGCAUGAGCGGGCUGCGCGCGCGCCGCUCGCUGCUGGGCGACGUGUGGCGCGCGCGCGCCGACAUCUACCACCGCCAUCUCGACGCGCUGCUGUUCCUGCGCGACGCCGACGCACUCGACCAGUGGAUCACGGACAGAGUGCCGCUGGUGCGGGACGGCAAGUACGGAGACAGCCUCGCGCACACCGAGGAGCUCAUCAACAGGCACCGCGACCUCGAGGAGACCAUCGACGCGCAGAAGGACAAGUUCAACGCCCUGCGCCGCGUCACCCUCAUCGAGAAGGCUUUCAAGGACCAAAAACAGGAGGAGGAGGAGGAGAGGCGGCGGCACGCGGAGCGGCAGGAGGCGGAGCGGCUGCAGGCGGCGCGUCGGCGCGAGGUGGAGCGCAUCGCCGAGCAGCGCCGCCGCGAGAGCGACGCCCCGCCCCCCGCGCACCCCGCCCCCGACCCCGCCGACGACGACGACGCGCCCGAGACGCUCGCGCCCGCGCCGCAGUUCGACCGCCUGCCCAAGCCCGACGUCGCCGCCCACGUCAAGCGCGCCGAGAGUAUGAGCGUGGUGAAGACGCCGAAGCGCACGCCGUCGUUCACGACGCGGCGGCGCACGCAGAGCUUCCGGCGGCACCAGCGGCCCGACACGCUGCCGCCCGUGGAGAUGGAGGGACACAUGGAGCGCAAGCAGGAGGCGGGGCAGGGCGGCAAGCGCGCCACCGUGCGCUCCUGGCGCUCCUACUACGUGGUGCUGUGCGGCCAGCUGCUGUGCUUCUUCCGCGACGAGGCCGACUUCGCCAGCGCCAAGGCCGCCGCGCCGCCCGUCGCCAUACUCAACGCGGUGUGCUCGGCGGCGAGCGACUACACGAAGCGCGCGCACGUGUUCCGGCUGGCGCUGGCCGACGGCGCGGAGUACCUGUUCGCGUGCGCGUCGCGCGACCUGCUGAGGGAGUGGGUCGCCAAGCUCGCCUUCCACGCGCAGCUCCCGCCGCAGCUGCAGCUCACCCCCUACCGCCCCUCACAACCCUCCCCCACCGCUGACGUCAAGGCGCGCCUGCAACAGAACGCGUCGUCGUCGUCGUCCGCGGAGUCGUCGCCGGAGCCGCAGCGGCGCCGCACGCAGGCCGAGAUCCUGCACGAGCACCGCAGCAGCCAGCGCGCCCCCCCACCCCCCGCCGCACCCCCCGCCAACCCCGCGGAACGGAAUAUAGAGUCGUCUGUGCUGCCGUCUCUGCCGCCGCGCCAGCCGCCGCCCGCGCUCGACGACGCCGCCGACGUCAUACUAAGGAACUCGGAGACGACAUCGAGCGCGUGGGGGCGGUCGCGGUUCUCGAACGGGCGCGACGUCAGCGCCGACCUCAUCCGCUCCCAGCAGGACGCAGUGGAUUCGCCGCCGCCGCCGCCGCCGGAUCGUGCGCCGCCGCCGCCGGAUCGCGCGCCGCCGCUGCCGGAGCGCGGGCCGAACCUGCCGGAGCGCAACAACGGCGAGCGGCACCGCGACGGCCGGGAGAAGCAGUCGGUGACGGCGCUCGUGAGCAACUACCAGCGGCUGACGGACGGCAACCGCAACGCGCCGCCGCCGCCGGACCGCGCCAACAACAACUACGCGCCCGACGCCCUCCACACCGUAGACGUCGCGUACGGCGGCAGCAGGCCGGCCUCCGUCGCGGGCGGCUCGGGCGGCGCGGGCGGCUCGCCGGCGCUCGACCCCCGCCCCGCCUCCAGGUCGUCGGGCGAGUCGGAGCUGUCGGUGGGCGGCACGAAGGAGAAGAAGGACAAGAAGGGCGUGUUCGGGGGCCUGUUCAGCCGCAAGAAGCGCCCGCAGAGCCACAUGUGAGCGCCGCCCCCCGCCCCCCGCCUUGUAUAUACUACGCCCGUAACCUAGGGAUUGUGAUGUGAAACGACGGAAGAGAGUGCCUUCGACACAGUGCCUUGUUGUAAUCGUUGCUUGAUGCGUAGGUCUGUUAUGUCAGUCGUUUGUUAUGUCGCA